UAGCUCUUCUAAGUUUAAACUACUCUUUUAGUCAAUUGCCGAAGCUCAGUACGCGCAUUUAAGAGUUGACUGAAUAGUUGGAGAGUCGUGCAACUGCUGCAGUGUGUUCGGUUUGCUGAUUCGCGUGCGUUUACCAUCAAAUAUUCCGUGCGUGCGUGCCAUUACAUAGUGUUGCGAGUUACAAUUUUUUUUUCCAUCGAUUCGCGACUGCUGUUCGGAUCGUAAGCCGUAAAUCAAUUCCGUUUUGCGGAAUUUACUGACUUCUAGAAGACUUUUUAUUAAAUACAUUUCAAAGGAUGUAUGCGAGCCAGGAUGAAAAAUAUUUUAAACGACCCCUGGAUACUACCACGAUCUCCAUUAGUGCCCCUAAUGAGGUCAGCGAUGUCAAGUCGCCUCCUUCUCGCAAUCUAUCGAUGAUAAAAUGGGUGCUGAUCGUGAGUCUAGGGUGCUGCGCGCUGAUGUACAGCGCCAGUUCAUCGCCUAUCGUUAGCUCGACGUCCGAACCGGAACAGGAACAUCAUAACGCGAACGCGGCCGCACCCGAGACAGCCGACAAGCUGGUAGCCACACCACCAGAAAUCGGAAGACAGUCGGUAGAGACGUCCGCUGUGCAACCGGCCCCUGUUUCUGAAUCCGUUCCGGUGGCUCAGCCGUCUGCACCCGCCGCUGUCGCGCCGGAAGCGUCCACUGACGACGACGACGAUGACGAUGAUGACGACGAUGAUGACGUAGUCGACUUGGACAUCACCGGUGACGACGACGACGACGACGACGAGGAAGAAGAAGACGAUGACGACGAUGACGAUGACGAUGACGACGAGGAAGAAGAAGAUGUGCCACAACCAGCCAGUGCAAACGCCGUCAACGGUGCCGCCGAUCCAGCGACUGCUGCUUCCGGAUCGAAUUCCGGUAGCGCUGCCACAGCUACCCCUGCAGCCGCGAGUUCCGGUGGCGACGACGAUGACGACGAUGAUGAAGACGAAGACGACGAUUACUUCGACAGAUUCUUCGAAGAUAUCCUCGGAGACGACGACGAAGAAGACGAGACGUCCUCGUUGAGCACGCUGGCGUUCGGACAGUCGUCCACCACGGCGGCGCCCGCGCAGGGCCUGUCCGUGUCCACGCCCGCCGACGACUCGUUGGACUACGGGGCAGCCGGCGACGGAGCCGCCGCGUCCAGCGUCAACUACGACGACGCCGGUAACGUGGACGACGCGUCGGCUGCUGACCCGGACGGACCGCACACCGUCACGCUGCUGUCGCCUGUUCCCAACGCACGCGGGAUCGUCGGCGGAGAGGACGGUGUCGCGUCCGUCGGGUCGCUGCCGUACUGGCCGUCGAUCACGCCGGCCGCCCACGGCCGAGCCGCGCGAGCGCGUGACGACGAUGACGACGACGACGAAACGUCGGCCGCGGCCACGGGCGGCAGCGACGACGACGAUGACGACGACGACGACGACGACGACGAUGACGACGAUGACGACGACGACGACGACGAGUCCGGCGAAACCAGGACCGCGGCCAAAGGCCGAGCGCGUGCAAUGGCCAGCAACCCCGUGACCUUGCCCUCUUCGUACAUCACCAAGUAUAAUAGGUUUGUGGACAACAUACUGAGCCGGAUUAACAAAGUGCUGAGGAAAAACUACGACCCGGUUAAUGUGCGUCUGCAAACACCCACACAGACCACGGACCAGAAGAAAAAGGGUACCACCUCUCAAAAACCAAAAACCAAACCCAAACUCGAAUCCAGGGAAAGCGUUCGACAAGCGGAAGUGUCGAAGAAUGGCACUGUAGCAGCUCCGGUGACCGAAAAAUCGGCGACCCCUGUGCCACAGCAUUCAGCUGCAGUAAACGGCACAUCGCCCAGGACACAGCGUAAGCACCACAAACACCAUAGAACGUCAAAGGCUCAAAACAACAAACCCAAAGUCACCAAAAACAAGCCCACUCCCAAGCCCCAUGGUCCGCCCAGAGCUAGAGCCACCAUGUACGGACUGAGCAGUCUGCGCCGGGACGGAGACGUUACCGUUAACGUGAUGAACACUCACACAACAGUAAAAACCAAGUUUUUGGUUGGCCCUCUAACUUUGAAAGUCGAAAAAGAGUUCGGACGAGGUGCCAAAAAAGAGCUGAGAUCGGCGACCGCCACCACUGGCGAACUGGUAGGCCGACUUAACAUGCGAGUGCUUACCGGCGGAGCUGCUACGUUGCACUCCAUCCGCGUCCACCAGCCAAAACAACUGCAGAUUAACAGCCCGGACGACCACGACAAGACUAGGGAGUACAUGUGGAAACGGUCCAACAUGAUCGCCCACCUCGUAUCGCAGAAACUGGCGUUCGCCACGAAGUCCAUGUUGCAACCGGUCCCGCAAAAAACCGCGGCCUCUAAACCAUAAAAUGGAGUUCAACCGUACUCAAUGGCUGAUUAAGUGUUAAGAUUUUUUCACUAUUUAUUAAUUAAUUUAUAAUAUAAUUAUAUUUAUGU